AUGCGUGCUGUGCAGUGCAAGUGCAACUGAAGUAGGUAGGGCGGCCAGACCAAAAAGAGUCGAGGGAUUCCAAAAAGGACCCUUCCCCUUGCCCAAAACACGAAAAUGUCUCGGCCGGGGGAUAUCAAACCUUUUCUUUUUCUUGCUCAAUUUUUAUUUUGGCUACAUAUUCGAUUAUUUGACCGUAUGCGUCCAGAUCAAAUUUCACAUGCGUUGCCACCUAUUGGAGCCACUGUUGCUGUUGGUGUUGUUACUGCCGUCGUCCCUUGUCUUGUUUGUGAAGCGUCGCACGCGAUUAUCGCGAGAUUGUUGCGGUUAGUCUUGUUGACUAUUUCUCCCCCAGAGAUGUCUAAUGGGCAGUCGUCGAGGCUUUCAAUCCGCGCUCGUGAGCCAUCUUGGUCGCUCGACUUUUGUUGGCGAUUUGUGAAUGAGAGAAGUUCUGGUGUGACGCUCAAGAUGUUGGAUGGCGCUGUGAGUGUGAGAAGAAAACUAAAGAAUUCCAGGGUUCGUGCUAGUUGCCCGAGGUGUGGGUGACAACGGGCA